AUGAAGUCGCUCGGGUUUUUGGUUGCGGUGCUUCUGCUUUUCGGCUCGACGCAAUGUGGGCCAGUUCAGAGCGCAAAAACCAACCAACUCCAAUCGGAGCAAUGCAAAGCCUGCGAUUUCCUUGUCGCGCUUCUACACAACCUUUGGGGCGACAAGAUCUUUGAAGACUGUCUGAUGGAUCUAGUGAUCGCGAUCUGCGACGCCUUCAAGCUUGAAGACCACUUCGUUUGCCGGUUGAUGGUCAAAGACUUUGAAGACAUGGCCAUGUACGUGAUCGGUGAGGUCAUCGUGGAGCCGCACGAGAUCUGCGGCAACUGGACCGUCCCGAUUCCUGGAACCGCAAAACCGUAUCAGCCACUUCCAGCGCCCACUGCUGGCAAGCCGAAACUGAACGUACUCCACCUUACCGACAUCCACGUCGAUAUGUACUAUGAAGAAGGGUCCGAAGCCGAUUGUGGAGAACCACUCUGCUGUCGUGGUGAUAAAAAUCCCGUUGAAGUCGGUGCAUCCGCAACGACGAAAGCCCCUAUCAAACACCCGGCCGGAUACUGGGGUACCGUCAUGGGCUGUGACAUCCCGUAUCGAACUUUUACCAACAUGCUCGACCACAUCGCCGCCAACCACAAGAAUAUCGACUACAUCUUGGUUUCCGGUGACCUUGAGUCGCACGCCGAUUGGGACUAUACAAGGACGACCCAUCAAAACAUGGUGAAAAACAUUUCGGAGUCAAUCCGUAGCCGCUUCCCGAAUAUCCCUGCCUAUUUCUCGAUCGGAAACCACGAGGGGGUACCGAUUGAUGUGUUUGCCCCACGCUUCACGCCAGAACGUUUCCAUAUGGAUUGGCUGUACGACACGAUGGCCGACAGCUGGAAGGGAUGGGUACCAGCGGAUCAGGAUGCUAAUAUGCGAUACAUGGGCAGCUAUGUCGUCAAGCCAUACCCAGGGCUACGCAUCAUUUCUGUGAACACCCCAUUAGGAGGAGAUCCGGUCAAUGCCUUCCUCUACAUCAAUCAAACCGAUCCGGAUGGCACGAUGUCGUGGCUCAUCGCCCAGCUUUAUGCUGCUGAACAGGCUGGGGACAAGGUUCAUGUCACAGCACAUAUCCCAGGUGGUGACGGGGAAUGUCUCGAGGGAUGGGCCAUUAACUACUACAAAGUAAUGAAUCGGUUCGCCAACAUCAUCACCGGCCAGUUCUUCGGCCACACGCACUCCGAGCAAUUCUACAUGAUCUAUUCGGAUCCUGAAGACGCAAAGUCGACCCCGACCGGUGUCAUUUUCAGUGCCGGUAGCGCAACGACAAUGUCAAAUUUCAACCCAGUGUAUCGCCUCUAUACUCUGGAUGGAAACUAUCCCGGUUCUACAUUCGGAAUUCUGGACUGGGAGGAGUGGUUCUUUGACCUGUCGAAGAAUACCGAUGCUACGAAACACGAUUGGACCCAGCUGUAUGCUAGUGUAUUGCAGGAAUAUGGCCUUAAAAACAACAACCCCUCGGAGUGGAACAGCCUUAUUAACAGGAUGAAAACGGAUGAGGAUCUUUUUAAAAAAUACCGCAAGAACUACUAUCGACGCACCGAUUUGGGACCCUGCGACCAAAAAUGCCGUCACAAAUUGCUAUGCAGCGCCCGUCAGGCCCACCACUCCGAAAAUUUGUGCUCUGACUUGUCUUCUUACGACCCAUCCGACAUCCAAGCCCCGUUCUACCGUAAGCCGCCUUCGCAGUACGUCCCCACCAUGGCCGACUACGAACGAAUCAAGCACGAAGUCCGAGCCGACGACGAUCAAUGCAAGCGU